CUGGAAAGGAGCAGCUGGAGCCGCGAUGGCCUCGUCAAUGGUCAGAGCUACAGUCCGGGCCGUGAGUAAAAGGAAGCUUCAAGCCACCAGAGCGGCCCUGACGCUGACUCCCUCUGCUGUCAAUAAGAUAAAACAGCUGCUUAAAGACAAACCUGACCAUGUAGGAGUUAAAGUUGGUGUCCGUACAAGAGGUUGUAAUGGACUUUCUUACACCCUAGAAUAUACGAAAGCAAAGGGGGAUUCUGAUGAAGAAGUAGUACAGGAUGGUGCUAGAGUGUUUAUCGAAAAGAAAGCACAGCUGACACUGCUAGGAACUGAAAUGGACUAUAUAGAAAACAAACUGUCCAGUGAAUUUGUCUUCAAUAAUCCAAACAUCAAAGGAACAUGUGGCUGCGGAGAAAGUUUCAACAUUUGAAAUCUUGGAACGAAUCCCAUGAUUUUAACACCACAGAACUGCUUUCUGAAGUAAUCACUUGGGACUUUUUCAUGUCUUUAGGCUUUGUGAAAUAUGGCUGCCUUUUCAAGAAAAUAAAAACACUGCAUUU